GGCGUAUUUAAAGCCCUGGCUUCAGUUGCAGGAGUAGCGGACAACCUAUGCAACAAAAGCCGCUGCAGAGACGAGCGACCGUCCGACAGCUGAGCGGACAGAAACACGGAGCCAGGGGCUGACACCACCCGGCGAGGUACGACUGCAGGGCUCAACAUUGCAGCCUGGACCAAAACGUCUAUGUCUCAGCGACAUUUAUGAAGCUUUCAAGGCCUUUUGAUUGAUCAGCCAAUCGAUGGGGAUUUUCAGAGGAGCUCCGCCUACCUUCGCUGCCUUCCCUCCUCCUCCUCCCCUCUCCCCCCGCGGCCACUCCAUCCCCCCCACCCACCCUGUCAUCCAGCCCUCCAUACACAAAAUGACUCUGGAACUUACUGAAUGGUCUUCUAUAUGGAUUUUUACAGCUUGUAAUAGACAGUAAGAAAAGGAGGGGGAAACCUCAAUGACAAAAAAGCCAUAAAGCGCACGCACACCACACACACACAUACACACACACACACACACACACACACAUACACACACACACACUCAUACAGACACAAACACACCUGACGCACACAGAAAGAAGUAAACACACUCUUGGAAUGUACCGCACACUCUUCCUGUGAAAAUUCAACUGCUUCCCUUUUUAUUUUUCUGGAUUUUCUACAAACCUUUGGAAAGCUGAUUUUGUCUUUUUCUUUUUUUGUGUUUUUUUUUUUUUUCAACUCUGGGACAAAAGAAAAAGCCGAGAGGAUUAACAUGUGUUGAAUUUGAAGCUGCAGUGUUUUGGGAGGACAACCUGCUUUUUGGACGACUUGUUUUGAGGACAACUGAUUGCUGAUUGAGAUUUUUUUUCUUUACAUUAACCUGAUAGAUCUAUAGAUAAUAGAUCAGAUUUUCCUUCAUUUAAGUUACGACCAUAGGCUGCAGUUUGUAGCUUGUAAAGAUUGUAACUGAGUCACUACUAGUUUUUAAGUACUUAUAUAUAUAUAUAUAUAUAUAUGUAUAAGUGACUUGAUACGAGCAGGGAUUGUUUUUCCUUUGGUAGCUACAGGUAGUUCUCAGAUUUGUCAGCGUGUUAGAGGAGGUGCACUUGUUCUCUCGUUGCGUGCAUGCCCUCCACCAUGCCUCCCCAGAACACAGAGGCCGACGCUAUGCAGGUUGGAUCUCUGGUGGGCGGGGGUAGCGCCAAAAACACCACGGCAUCAGGCUCGGAUGGGGAAAAAGGGGGAGCAGGAGGCGAGACGGAUGGAUCGGGAGGCAGCGGCGGAGGAGCGGGUGGAGGAGGAGGUCGAGGAGGGGAGGAGUCAGCGAGCGAGGGAUCUGUUGAAGGCAUACCCCUGAAGAGAUGGGUGAUGCACGGGGCCGUGAUGUUCGGGCGGGAGUUCUGCUAUGCCAUGGAGACAGCGCUGGUGACACCCGUACUGCUGCAGAUAGGUCUUCCAGAGCAGUACUACAGCCUGACGUGGUUCCUCAGUCCCGUCCUCGGCCUCAUGUUCAGCCCUCUGAUCGGCUCGGCCAGCGACCGCUGCACUCUGCGAUGGGGCAGGAGGAGACCGUUCAUCCUGGCUCUCUGCAUCGGGACAUUGAUAGGAGUGGCGCUGUUUCUGAAUGGAUCGCUGAUAGGUUUGUCGCUGGGUGACGAGCAGGGGAGACAACCAAUAGGUAUAGUUCUUACCGUGCUGGGGGUGGUGGUGUUGGACUUUUGUGCGGACGCUACAGAGGGACCAAUCAGGGCGUACCUGCUAGACGUGGCGGACACGGAGGAACAAGACAUGGCACUUAAUAUUCAUGCCGCCUCAGCAGGUCUUGGUGGUGCGGUCGGCUACGCCCUCGGAGGUUUAGACUGGACGCACACCUUCCUCGGAGCAGCCUUCAAGUCCCAGGAGCAGAUUCUGUUCUUCUUCGCUGCCAUCCUCUUCACUAUCUCUGUGGUGUUACAUCUCCUUAGUAUUGAGGAGCAGCAGUACUCGCCCCAACAUGACAGGCUGGAUCAGGAGAGUCCAGAUCGCACCAACCCACAGCCAUCGGCCAAUGGCAGGACUGGACUUCUUGCUCCCAAGCUGGAGUUGAUCGGAGAGGAUGAAACACUGGACAGCUACGACUUGCAUGACCCCUACGGAGAUGACCUGUCAGAGCACGGAGAUCUUGACAUGGACUUCCUAGAGAUGGAGCUUGUGAGAAGUAAAAGUGACAGUGUUCUCGCCAUGGCUGACGCCACUCUUGACCACCUGGACCACGAUGCAUUGUUCCUGUGCCACAUUGAGCCUUCCAUCUUUGCUGACCGCCUCUCGCCCUAUCACGGCUCACCUCCUUUGACCAGUAACUUCUUCAACCAGCAUCGCAGCACUCCGCCACCCCGGUUUGGCAACAUCAGACGCAGCAGCAGCGCAGGCAGUGGGGAUCUGCUCCACAGCAAUAGCCACCAAACGCACGCUACAAACCCCAGGAUCUCCCGCCUCUCUGCUUUCUUACAGGAAAUGGAAAAUGACGACGGUCAGGAGGCAUUGCUGAACAACCAGCUCAAUGAGCAGCGGACACUGAACGGCCGGCUGUUAGCCAGUGUGACGAAUCCUGAUAGAGAUGGCACCAACAGGCUGAGCUCUAAAGGACAGGCACAUCGCGCUGGAAUGGUCAAAGCUGCCAGUACUGGAGCACCCAUGCGACAGUCACGUCACCGCCACAUCUUCUACCGCCAGCCGUCCUGCACCUUCUCCUACUACGGUCGAGUGGGAAGCCACCGCUACCGCUACCGCCGUGCCAAUGCCGCUUUCCUCAUCAAGCCGUCUCGCAGCAUGAACGACCUGUAUGAAGUGGAGGCCAGACACAGGAGGAGGCAGAAACAGAGGAACAGACACCGCAGCGGAAACACCAACUCCUCCAGCGGAGACACAGAGAGCGAAGAGGGAGAGGUUGAGACCACUGUGCGGCUGCUGUGGCUCUCCAUGCUGAAGAUGCCCAAGGAGCUGCUGCGACUGUGUGUCUGUCACCUGCUCACCUGGUUCUCCAUCAUCGCUGAGGCCGUCUUCUUCACUGACUUCAUGGGACAAGUCAUCUACCAUGGAGAUCCUACCGCUCCUAUUAACUCAACUUUGUUGGAGGAUUAUCACAAAGGAGUUCAGAUGGGAUGUUGGGGGCUGGUUAUAUAUGCCAUGACUGCUGCCACAUGCUCAGCUAUCCUUCAGAAGUACCUUGACAACUUUGACCUGAGCAUUAAAGUCAUCUACAUCAUGGGGACACUUGCAUUUUCCAUCGGAACUGCUGUCAUGGCAAUCUUCCCUAACGUGUAUGUUGCCAUGGUGAUGAUCAGCAGCAUGGGCAUCAUCUCUAUGAGUAUCUCCUACUGUCCGUAUGCUCUGUUGGGACAGUAUCACGAAAUGAAAGAGUACAUCAGGCACAGUCCUGGUAACUCCCGCCGAGGCUUUGGUAUCGACUGUGCUAUCUUAUCCUGUCAGGUGUACAUCAGUCAGAUCUUGGUGGCCUCGGCUCUGGGUGCUGUUGUGGAGGCUGUUGGCAGCGUCCGUGUCAUUCCCAUGGUGGCCUCUGGGGGCUCCCUUCUCGGAUUCUUUACGGCCUUCUUCCUGGUCAUUUACCCGACUCCAAACGGGGAUGGGGAAUCAGCCAAAGCUUCGGAGAAACGAUCCCUGACAAAGCUGGAAAAUUCCAACAGCAACGAAGUGGCUGUCACCGUGGUGGCAGAAAAACCCAGCUUCCUGAAACUCAACAAGAAGGGCAAGGCCACCACCACCACCACUUCCUGUCACACGGAGAAUGAGUCUGCUCUGUGAUCAGCUGGCUUAAGUCGACACAACAACUAAAUUCAAAUUUGAAUGCAGAUGGAAAGACAUUUGGAUAUCACCGUCCUCGUGGUGCUGGGGUUUACAGACAAAGAAAGAGGAGGGCGAUUGGCGGUCCACUCUUUAUGUCUGUUUUUGCAUUGACAGGGGUUUUUUUUUCUGCUUUGCUGUGUCUUGAUUUACUGAAGGAAACACCUCAAUCUGACAAGGGACCAGUGUUAUACCAGACCAACUACAAAAUAAACAUUCUGGUCCCAGAGCUGUUUCAGCCAUUACAGAAAUUCCUUCCACUUUUCACCCUCGUGGACAUUUGACUGAUCCGUCAGGGUCGUCCAGAAGUGACUAAUCCAUUAGUCGUGGUUUUAAGUAGAGGUUGUCUCUGUCUCUCAGGGCCUCUAGGAGGUGUUACUGAGCAGCUGCCUGGGCAGGAAACUUCAGGGGACAUGCACGCACACACACCUCUUCAACACAAUCGAAUGAACACAUUAAUAAUGAACGUUGUUGAUGAACAUUAGUCCUCGAAGCUGCAAUCAUUCAAAAAUGCUGAAAAUUGUUCUUCCUCGCUGUGGAAUCAGCCUGAUCGAAUCUUUGCUAAAAUGACGCCGACAAGAUCGUCAAGAGAGUGUGUGUGUUUCUGUUGACAUUUUCACCAAAACAAUCCUAACACACUCGGAUUUGCGGGACUUUUACAGCACUCGUUGACAGUAGCUUUAAGACUCUAGAGACUCCUGGAAGUGGCAUUUCUGAAGAGCCCGAAGCCUGGUCACUGGGGGGAAAUGAUUGAUCUUGAGUCCCUGGAUUCAUUGCAAAUGUUUAUUUUUUUCACCCUCCUCCACAUGGCAGGAGCGCUGAAGUCUUUAAUUUAGCCUUUAAGUUGACAAUAGGCUCUGCUCAGAAGUUGUAUGUACAUUAAGGGUCAAGAAUACAGAUGUGUAUUGAGUGAAAUUCCAGGCAAGAAAGAGCGCAGAUGCAAUACGUGCAGUAUACAGGGCAUUACAAUCCCAAAUAUUAUUUUCAUGAUUUAUCGAGGGCCCAGAAUGAUGCUUCUGUUUGUUUGGAAUAAUCUAAACUAACCUACAUGCUGCAUGUUAGAGGAGCAGAGACAAACCAAACACCAGAGAAAAAGAGAGAGGAGGAGUUGUUCUCCUUCACUCUCAACUUUCUCACUUAUUAUUUUAUUUUUUUUUAGAAAAUGCUGUUAGCACAAUGUUUGUCACUAACUGCACAUUAGCUGAGCCAUUGUUUGAAAGAGUGUCGAAUAGCAUUGAGUUAGAAAAGUUUUGAAAUGAGGAUGAUCAGAGGAUGUCGAAUUCGGAUGGAGCUUCCUGACACUCCUCUGGUCCAGUGGGUCCACUAACUCUACUUGUAAUCAUCAGAGUCUGGAAUGGGACACAACAAUAGUAGAAUGGUUAAUGGAUAUAUUUAAAGAAGAGUUUUAUAAUGUGAGAAAGGCAGAGUGAUGAAAACUAUUAACCUUUAUAACAGGCUUAGGCUUGUUGCUUUAGCCUCGAUGGAGGAUUUCCACUCCUGGUUUAGAUGUCUUGGUUCCACCAUACUGGGCCAAAUCUAAGUGUGAUAUUGUAAUUUCAAUGCUCAUUACAUCUGAGUGUUGUAUGCUGAAUGGAUAUUUAGAAUAGAGGAGGAUAGAGGGAUAAAAGGAGGACUGGAGAAAUGUAUUCACUUUAAAAUAGAUACAAAUAUUUAGUGCGUAUUUCCUGAAAUGUCAUAGUAGUCUUUAAAAUGCUUGAACCCGAGCAAAAGUUGGAUUUUUACAAAUUUGGAAAUGCAUGUCUUAACUUAAUCCAAUCUGUGGAUCAUGGGUGAGGCCUCAAUAGAGGCAGACUUUUCCCAGAGUCCUUGCAGAUGUCAAAAUCUUAAAGUCUUGAAAACCACAACUUUAUAGAAAGCCAACAUGGAAAAUUAAACCACGUCUCCUGAAAAAGAUAAAAAAUACUCAGAAUAAUUCAUCAAAUGACCUAAAAAAAAAAAUAAAAAAGUUAAUCACCAAAAUCCACCCAUGACUAGAAUAUAUUAUUUGAAAGUGUGGUAAGAGAUGCCUGUGGCGCUUAAUGCUGCAUCUGCUGUUUAAUAAAGGCAAGAAGCAGCAACAACGAUGGUGGAGGAGGAAGUGAAACUGUUGAGUUUAGCUUUACUUCAACCUUAUUAACCUUUAAACACAGAUGAUGAUAAGACUAAUGGGCUAAUCACAACAAGUACUUAAAUGCAAAUUGUAUAAAUUAAACCUUUACUAAUACAAAAUGAUGCUGAGUAUAGACUGAUAAGGUAAAAUAAUCUUGGAAUGUUUUAAUAGCUGAUUAUGCUGGACGUGUUUAGAAAAACUUGUAGUUAGAAAGACGAAAUGAAAAAUUUAACAGUUUAUCGUGUCUUCUGUUUUUGGACAAAUCAGAUUUUUCGUUGCAAUAAUGGGCUCCGUUAAGGGUUGCAGGGUUGUGUGUGGUGGCGAUUUGGGUCGGUUUUCCUUUCACCUCAAUCAGCUGAAACAUGCAAACUGAAAGGAACUGAAAUGUAAAUGGCAGUGAGUUAAUUUACUGGUGAAAGAACAUUUAAUUUUAGUGUGUAUCGGAGCAUUUAGCAAAGAAGAUUGUUUUAAUUUUUGGUUUUUAGAAGAGGUUUCACUGAUGAUGUGGUUGUUUUUCACUUAGAUGGGUGUCGGUGCAGAGUUUAACCCUGUUUUUAACAGAAUAGAUUCCUUCCAUAAUUUCAGGUACAUUCAGUCAGACUCAGAGCAGAGUAGAGUAGAGAGUAUUUAGCUUCCUGGGUUGAUCCUGCUCUGGCUGUGGUGCUGGGACGAAAAAAAAAAAAGCAGGGAUGGGACGAUGACGAAAGACGAGGAGGUACAGAUGCCAGAGUUUUGAAUGGCUUCUGAAACCACUAGGGCAAUAAAACAUUCUGGAUUGAAUAAUGGACACGCAACUUCAGUUUAAUGACAAACAUGAAGAUUAAAACAAAAAAGCAAAAAAAAAAAAAACAACUUUGGGAUUGGGAGGUUUGCAUGCGACAACAGCAAUAUGCAUGUGUGGAACACCAAAGUAUGACUCUGUACAAAUCACUCGAGCUCUUUUCUUUAUUGUCCUAAUAGGUCAGGGAUGUAUUUUCUAAUGCAUGGCUGGGUGUUUGUGUCUUUUUUGUUUGAACAUAAAUGUGUAAAGAAAAACCAACAUGUACUCUUUAAGCUGAAGCAUUGUGCUCGGUCUGGGUCAGUACACUCAACAAGCAUGUGACUUUUUCUUUCUUUCUUUCUUUUUUUUUUUAAAUAUAUUUUUGCACAUUUUUGAGCUAAGUUUCAGACAGCACACAUCUCGUUUCCUUUCAACACGAGGUGCGUGAAGAAGGCGAGAUGCGCGCCGUCCUGAGCGACACUCCUUGUUUAAAGCGUAGUCGAGAAACUCCAGGCCUCGAAUACUUGAAGUGCAACUUGAGUGUUUCUGAAGUCUUUGAUUUUUCGGGGGGGGGGUCUUUAUUCUCAUUUCUCAAGCCUUUUAUUUACCGUAGACUCUGGAAUGUUCAGUCAGCAGCAUGGCCUGCUGGGAGAUUGAGUUCUUAACUUUGAUUCCAUCUUGUGACUUAAAUGUUUUUUAAACAAACAAAGUCAAUGAAUGUGAAGUGAUUUCAGCCGAAAUCAUUUUUGUUUUGAUGUUCGAUAAGCCGGUGGGGGGGCGGGGGGUGUCUUACAUUGCACAGAACUUGCACAUAGUGAGAAAAAAAACAAAAAUACAACAGGUGUGUUGCAAGAGAAAGAAAAAAAAUACUGUUGAUAUUUAUUUUUUUGAGCUUUUUGGCUAUAACGGACAUUUUUCACUUAAUUUCCAAAAGAAUAAAUAAAGCUGUUCUAUUUGCUGUUACGGGAGAUGUUUAUGGAAGCAAAUAAGAGACAAAAAUAUUUUUAUUUUCGUAAUUUUAACAGCAACUGAAUACAUAAUACUAUUGAAAUUUAAACAAUGCUGAAGUCACUGAAAUAUUUGACUUUGAAAACCAUGUAUUUGUCCUGAAUUUACCUUUUUGAAAUUAUAACAUUUCUUGAGUUGCAAUUUCAAAAGCCCAAAGAUCCCAAAAAAGUUUAAUUAUUUAAAAAAAUAGAUUCAAGUUGCUCAAAUGCGAUCAGUCCAAUUCAGAUCUAAAAAUAAUGCUAAUAAUAACAAAACAUCAGUCAAAUUUGAUUGGUCAAAACAUUCAGGCUUUUAGAUUUUCAUAUGCCCAGUCAAAUUUAAGCAGCGUGAAUCUUUUCUUAAAGAUUUAAAAAUAAAUAAAUAAUGCAACUUGAAUUUUUUUGUCUAUAUUUGUGAACGCUGAAAAAACAAAUACAGUUUCAGCUUUUGGAGUUGCAAAUCAAGGACAUUAAAAUUUAGAACAAAUUAAGGUACUGUACAUGGUUUUCAGAAUAAAUGAUUUCAAUAUGAUCAAUUCAGUGGCAUUUCAAUUUCAAAAUAAAAUAUUCAGUGGCUGUUAAGAUGUAAAUACUUAGGUCUCUUAUUUGCUUCCACAGAUGUUAUAGGAGUGGACUGGGUUGUUUGUGUGCGUGUGUGUGAGCAGUCGUCUCUGCUGCUCACAUGUAAAGCAAGAGGCAGGAGUGUGUUAAAAAACGUCAUCUCAGUGUUUGUUUUGGGUUCAUGUUCUCUGUUCUUUGCAAUCACCUGGUUUACACUUAACUCUGGAAUCGAUGGCUGUAAUACCGGAGGUUAUUUACGAGUCUUUAUUGUCUCUGUUCUGGUGUUUUAACUCAACUAGAAAAUGUCUUCUUUAUUUUGUAUCUCUUUGAAUUUUAAGGCAGAGCCACACACAAGGGUUUGGCCUUUGCACUUUUUCAGUGGCAGCCAUGUUGGCUCCACCAUCCUGAUCAUUGAAUGAAUGUGGCGACGUGGUGAUGCUGUUUCAUGUCUCCAGCCAGCAGCUGUCAGUGGCAGCAGCGUGGCAGCCAUGCAGUUAGUCCAACCUGGUCAGACUCAGUGUAUGUUAGUGCGUGUGUGUGUGUGUGGCUCUGCCUCUGGUAAACUGUGUGUAAAUGACGGAGGAGAGAGAUGCCUAUAUACUUUGAUCCUCACAGAGAUUAAAUCAAGAAGUAUACUUAAAGAAUGGGAAAGCAAGUAUGCGCAGUGUACUAUAUAUAUAAUAUGCCUUGUUAUUUGAAAAAAAAAAAAAAAGAUGUAAAUAUACAUAUUUCUCUUUUAGUUUCUUCUUUUUUGCUGCUAUAAAAAAGAUGAUUAUUUUUGUUAGUAGUUUUGUUUUCUAUAUAAAGACUGUAUAUAUCUCUAUGUUCUGUAAAUAUGCUCGAGCCUUCAUAUGUAGGACUCUGGAUGAACACUGUAUGGAACGCACCUUUAAAAUCUGUUCAGAAUUAAACUAA